UUUAUUUUUCCCCCUUCUUUUUUCCUAAAAUAAAAUCCACUCUCAAUUAUUAUUAAAUUUUUUUUCAACUUCCGUAAAUAAUAAUUAUUAUAUUAAAUGAAAAAAAAACUUCCGCAUUGAAAAAGUCUUGAUAUUAUCAGAUGUCAUGUUAAAAAUUGAAAAAGUCACGUUUAAAAUUUCCAAAGAGAAACAACAAAUUUUACAAAAUAUUUAAUCAUGAUUAACAUACAAACAAUUUGUCUUGGUUUUUCAAUUAUUCUUGUAAUUAUUUAUCACGAUCAAGUGAUAGCAGCACCAUAUCCAUACUGUUCAUCAUGCUCAUCAGAAGAAAGAACAUCAGAUCAAAGUUUAAAUUUUUUUCUAUCAAAAUCAUUGAUGAUUGCCAGCAGUGUUGUAUCAAGUAUCAUUGACAUAAUAUAUCCCCUAUUAUUUUCAAAACCAUUAACACGAAGAAUCAUUAAAAUUGGUGAUUUAUCAGCUGAAAGUAAUUAUUGUCCAAAUUAUCAUUCAAAUGAAUAUUGUUAA